AUGGACAAAAAAUCAGGAGGGUCGGAUCUCCAAAUAUCCGCAUUCCGCAGAUUCAAUGUUGAUUCCGAAGGACCCACAGUUCAAAGAAGUACAGUCAGAUGUGCAAGAAUUGAAGAGCUAAGAAUAAGACUCCUGGCAAGAAAGUUCUUCAAAUUAUGGAUGCUGAACACCUUUGGUCGAAUCCUUCCUCAUAAAGCCAAGAUUCAUCAUGACAAUGUGCUGCUGAGAAAGACAUUUGAAGGAUGGAAAGAGGAGUGGUGGACAUCUGGAAGGGAGUGGAGUCUUUCAUUUUGUGCUAAGUACCAUUACAGAUAUUACCUGCUUUACACGACAUUCCAAAGCUGGCAAAUGUAUACAUCACUGAAAGUAGAAAAGAAGAGCAAAAUUCAAAAAGCUCAAAGAUACGCUGACAAUCGGCGCGUACGUCAGUUUUGGGACAAGUGGCAGCUUUUCAUUCACAAAAGGAGGCUGAAAAGCAGAGCACUUCAAUUAGCUCGAGACCAACAUAGGCACACAAUGCUUAGGUCAGUGUGGCGUCUGUGGCAGAUGAGGCUGCAGCAGCAUAAAAAUAUUUGCACUUCCAAGGACCAAACCUUGAAACAUGGAGGACUGAAUCUACAGAGCGAGAAGGAGAAAGAAUCCAAAGCUUCACAUCAUUUUGGAAACAGAGUGGAAAAGAAGUCAUCGGACGAGUGGCAAAGUUUUGUCUCUAGUCGCAAGCAUAAGAAACCCUCGAAAGCAGAGCACUUCGCCCGUCUUCAUCUGAUGAGGAUGAGCUGGAGCGUGUGGAGGAAGGAAUGGCAUCGCAAACAGAGCGAGAAAGAGUGUUUGCAAUCCAAAGAGCUGCUGUCUACUCAGGUAUCUCAAUCAAAUGUGACAUGGCAUGAAGAAGAAGCAGAAGGAGGCCAAAUGCAUUUGAGGUUGUGGAAAGAUCAUUUCAAGGAGGCUGAAGACGAACGUAUCAAAGCUCUAACAGACAUGGCGUUGAAAAACUAUAGAAAAUACCUGUUGGGUCACUGUUUUGACCACUGGAGGAGGAAACUUACUCAGCAAAGACAUACACAGGAGCUGGAGUGCCGUGCCGAUAUUUGGUUUUCAGAGCACUUUUUGGCACGUUAUUUUAACUUGUGGUGUAAGUAUAUUUCACACAGAAGACUGAAGAAAGAGAGGUGUCACAGGGCAGAUAUCUAUAAUAAGCAGCGUCUGUGCACGUGUGUGUUGUCCACCUGGAGGCAACGGUCAAACGAACGCAAGGAUGAGAUGCUGUCACUUCGAAUAGCCAUUCUUCAUGAAGAACGAGGCCUUGUGCAGAGAGCCUGGCUGCGCUGGAGGAAACAGACAGUCCAGCAGAUUGGAAAAGUGAAGGAGAAGCAGCAGGCGUCGGAACAUCAUUACCUGCAAACGCUUCCAAAUACCUCUUUAGCACGGAGUAAAAGCAAGACCACUGAGUUACAUGUCAGGAACAAAGAGCAGCAGGUUUACAGUCAAGGCACCCUAUGCCGUGUAACAUGGGCUUUGGAAAGGUGGAAAAAGUUUGUUCAGAGACAAAAAUUGGUCAAAAGCAGACAAGAGCAGGUUCAGCAUUGCAACGAAAACACAAUUCCUAAGAGCUUGAAGCUCAAGGACAGUUUCAGAACAUCUGAGCUGACUGAACGAGCACUUUGGCAUUGGGCCCUCACACUUCAAGCCAAGGUGCUGUAUAGGUGGUGGCUGUGGGUCACAGAGCAGCGCAGUAAGAAGGUGGAGGCAUUGAAAGAGGCUCAGGCUUGGAGAGAAGAAACAAUGCGUGCAGUGUUUGAAAAAAGGAAAGCACUCAACACGACUCAAAGUUCUGUAAAUCAAGUGACCCUGUUGCAGAAAGAGCAAAUUGGCACAGAAAAAGCCCGGAAGCAUUACAACUCCAUUCUGCUUCGUAAAGUGCUGAGAGCAUGGAGCAAGCAUCACUCCACAUGCAUCAAGUUUAAGGCGAUGAAACAGCAAGGAAUCUUGUUUCUGAAACGUAAAAUGUACCAGACCUACUUUGCACGAUGGAGGAGAAAGCAUCAGUUAAAACUCAAGGUGUCUGAGCAGACAGAGCAAGCACUCUGGCAUUGGGCCCUCUCGCUUCAGGCUAAGGUGCUGUAUGCAUGGAGACUGUGGGUCACAGAGCAGCACAGAAGGAAAACAGAGGCAUUGGAAGCGCUUCAGAUGGAUAAAGAUAAGUCACAAAUUGCAGACGUGACAUACAGUGAUGACAAGAACAACACCAGGAGUCUGCCUGAGCCUGGAGUGCACCAAGAUGACGAUCCACCAAGUCCACGUAUUCAGAGGGUGUUAAAGCGUGUGGCCAUGAAGUGGAAGCAACGAGCUCUUUGCAAGCCACUGAAAAAGAGUGUGACCUUCUGUUUUCCUGAAACAAAACAUGAUUCGCCAUCUGAGUCUGAGGAACGUGACAUAGAUGACAGCAUGCUAAUCCGUCCCUUAAUGCGACGCCAGCCUCGUCGCUGUGAGGAACUGUUCGAGCCACUUAAAGCGUUUCCAUAUGAUGGCGCCACAUGCCAAAACAUAGACGUGGUUAAUUUGCCACUCCAGAAAGGUCCCGUUUGUAUUAUGGAGCAACCUGAGCCACCGUCUGAGCUGCUCCUGCCGCCUUCUACUUUCAUGAGCGCAGAAAGUCAGUACCUUCAGCCCAAAAACAGGACCAGGUUUGGAACCGAGUUCAUCAACACCUUCAGGUACAUUCACAAUGUACACCCAAGAGAAUCAAAUGGAAGUUCAGAAACGGAUACAACUUUAUCGCUGUUGACGGAGCUAAUAAGCAUCCAGCAGGACAUGAGGAGCUUCCAGCAGGAAAGGAAGCAGCUCAGGCUCUGGCAGAGAGUUAAAGACGUGUUGCAGGGUUGGCUGCAGACCAGUGGAAAAGAUGAGGAAAUGGAAAGCAAUGCAGUUUGGCAGCAGGUGAAGGAGCUUGAAGAACGCAUCGAGAGACUUUCUUGUGAGCUGGCAACACGAAGACUGACAAUGCGUUUUCAUGUUCAAAGGAUCCAACAUUUACAAUCUGUCCUCGACUGCUAUGGAUUUUCUUCACUGUAUCGGCAAGUGCAAAUGCAAACAUAA